AAUUAUAAAAAUUGCAAAUUACCCCUCAAAUGGUUAACCUUGCUCUUUGAGAAUUCAACUUUGGAUGAUGGCGAAUUGCUCAUCGGAGUAGAAGAAAGUUGUGUCGAUUUGAGAAAAAUUUCUAGGGUUGAGAAGGAGACAACGGAGCUAAGAUCUCUGGCGGCGAGUUUCUUCCUUUUCUGAAACAUGAUGUUCCAGGUCUCAGAUGUAGGACACAGUUACUGUAAGAUUCGAGACGUAGAGAUUCCAAGCAGCAACAAUGGUCAGGACAACACCGGUUCAAUGAAGAAGCAUCCCUACCCAAGACAAGAAGCAGGCUUUUCAUCAAAUAACGAUGAGCUUCCAAGAAAGAAGAAUAAUCCAGAAAAAUGAACCUGGUUCUUCAUCAACUCAUACAUAUACACCGGUGUUUCUUACACAAGAUUUCACAAGCUUAGGUGGUCUUAAAAGGAAAUGUAGUCCGAAACGGAUAAUAUCGUCAGAUUCGUCAAUGGGGACACGAUUCGUAACAUUUACACUUGCACCUGUUGAUGUUAGACAUUGUAGACUGCGUCUUCCAAUGCAAUUCUCGAGGGAGAAUGGCAUCAAUAAGCCUGGAAAAGUAUAUCUGAUGGGUAACGAUGGUUCAAAGUGGCUGGCAAACCUUCUCCUUGAAAGCAGGGGAAGAAUGACUGUGGGAGACGGCUGGAAAUCAUUUGUUAAAGCAAACGGCUUAAAGAUCGGUGAAUCCUACACACUGGAGUUGAAUUGGGAGGACACAACUCCUGUUCUCAGUUUAUGCCCUACUGCAGUUCAUAGCGUUGGCAUUAGAGCAGAAGGAGAGUGUUCAGAAGCAAGCGAGAAUGAGUCUCUUCCCAUAAAACGUCGCAGCGGAACCGAAGUUAUCAAAUAUGAAAACAGGAAAGAUGAGAGGAGUUCAUGGGAGAAAGAUAAGAGUAGAGAUUCAAGUUCAGCAAGCCAAAACCGAUUCCUGACAUUAACAAUUACACCUGACAGUCUCAGGCAUGGUAGACUGCGUCUUCCAUUGGAAUUCAUGACGGAGAAUAGCAUGAACAGGCCUGGGGAUAUAACUCUCUUGGGUAAAGAUGGUGCAAAGUGGCUGGCAAGUCUUCUGCUAGAAAGAAGAGGGCGAAUGUGUUUAGGAAAGGGUUGGAAAGAUUUUGCUAAAGCAAACGGCUUAAAGACUGGUGAUUCCAUCACGUUGGAGUCAAUAUGGGAAGACUCAACUCCUGUGCUCAGGCUGCUCAGUGAUAGAAGGCAGCAGGGUGAGUGCUCAAAAGCAAGAGAGAAGGAGUCUGCUUUCACAGAACCUAGCAGUGGAAACAGGAGAGAAGAGAGCAGCAUAUACCCUCUUAGAAGGCUAGAUUCAUCUUUAGUAAACCAAAACCGAUUUGAGACAUCAACACUUUUUCCUGAAAUAGUUCGUCAUGGUGCUCAUGAUUAUCAAAUUGGCGAAAUUGUUGUUUUCAGAGAUGAAGGAGAUAUGAUGUUCCAAGUCUCAGAUUUAGAACCUAGAUUCUCUGAGAUUCAAAAUGUGCUACCUCCAAGCAGCAACAAUGAUCAGGAAAACAUUGGCAGCGUUUCGAUAAUAAGAAAAGAACGAGGCUUUUCAUUAUAUGAUGGAGAUGGACAUGAUCAGUACAACAUUGAGCUUCCGCUGAAGAAGAAAGUGAAGAAGAACAACCCAGGAACAGAAGCAGAUCCUUCAUCAGAACCCUCUUGUUUUGUAGCCCAUGUCACAGCUUCUAAUCUACGCACGGAUGCACUGCAUCUUCCACAAGAAUUUACAAGCUCAAAUAGUCCGACACAGAUAUAUUCGUCAAGCGAGAAACAAUUAGCAACAUUCACACUUGCACCUGUUGAGGUCAGAAAUUGUAGACUGCGUCUUCCAAUGCAAUUCACAAGGGAGAAUGGCAUAAACAAGCCUGGGAAGAUAUAUUUGUUAGGUAAAGACGGCUCAAAGUGGCUGGCAAAUCUUCUCGUGGAAAGCAGAGGAAGAAUGACUUUGGGUGACGGUUGGAAAAGUUUUGUUAAAGCAAACGGCUUAAAAACUGGUGAAUCCUUCACACUCAAGUUGAAUUGGGAAGACACAACUCCUGUGCUCAGUUUGUGCCCUCCGGAGUCUAACAUUGACAGUAGAGAAGGAGGUGAGUGUUCAGAAGCAAUGGAGAAAGAGCCUCUUCCCAUAGUACCUACUACCAACGGAAAAGAGAUCAGCAAAGAAGGUGAAAACAGCAAAAAAGAGAGCAGCUCAUGGGAGAGAGAGACAAAUCUUCUGGAAUGGGGAGAUUCAACUAUACUAAGCCAAAACCGAUUUCUGACACUAACAAUCACACCUGACAGUCUCAAACAUGGUAGACUGCGUCUUCCGUUGGAAUUUAUGACGGAGAAUAACAUGAACAAGCCUGGAGAUAUAACUUUGCUGGGUAAAGAUGGUGUAAAGUGGCUGGUUAGUCUUCUACUGGAAAAAAGAGGUAGAAUGAGCUUGGGAAAAGGAUGGAAAGAUUUUGCUAAAGCAAACGGCUUAAAGACGGGUGACUCCAUCACCUUCGAGUCAAUUUGGGAAAACGCAACUCCUGUACUCAGUUUGCUCCGUGUAGAGUCUAACAAUGAUAGCGAGGUUUCAAAACAGUCGGGAUUUAACAGUGGAAACAAGACCAGGAAAGCAGAGAACAGCAGAGAAGUGAGUAGAUCACGGGAUUUGGAGAAAAUAAGAGAGUUGUCUUCAGCAAUCCAAAGCCGGAUCGUGAUAUUAACACUUACACCUGAAGGUGUCAGGGACUGUAAGAUGCAACUUCCGAGUCAAUUCAUGUGGACUAAUGGCAUCAUGAACCCUGGAAAGAUAACUCUGUUGGGUAGAAGCGGGAUGAAGUGGUUUGCAUAUUUACUGUCAAAAGAUGGGACAAUCGCCUUGGAGAAUGGAUGGAAAGGUUUCUGUGAGGCUAAUGGGGUGAUGGUAGGAGAAUCUUUCGUUUUGGAAUUCAUUCCCACUGAAGGCGCAGACUAUGUUUUCAAGUUCUACUCCAACUACGGAUACCAUAUACAAAAAUGUUAAUUACAAGUAUGCUUUUGUUUCAAACUGUGUCUAUGGAUAUCAUCACAUGACAGAUUUUAAAUAUAUCAUUUAACGGGUAGCCUUCUAACU